UUCCUGUCUGGGCAACGACAUGGGCUCUGGAGACAGUCUGAGGAGGAUUGCUGCACUCAUUGGAAUCUUUGUGGUUUUGAAGGCGCAAGCUUUUCCGACCCGUACCGAUGAUGAGGCAGAUGCUGGUGAACUGAGGGAUGACAUACCCGAGAUCAAUAGAGGGUUAAACCACCUGUUUGAGGGAGACAUCGCUGGUAAUCCCAGUAGAAAUGCAAUCCUUGAUGAAACAAGAAAAUGGAAGUUCCCCAUCCCAUACAUCUUAACUGACUCUUUAGACCUGAAUGCCAAAGGUGUGAUCCUCCAGGCUUUGGAGGAAUACCGUUUGAGAUCCUGUGUGGACUUCAAGCCCUAUGAGGGAGAGAGCAGCCACAUCUCCUUCACCAAGCUGUCUGGAUGCUGGUCAUAUGUUGGAGAUGAUAAAAUAGGCCAGAAUGUGUCCAUCGGUGCCGGAUGUGACACUAAGGCCAUAGUGCAGCAUGAGCUCCUCCACGCUCUGGGCUUUUACCAUGAACAGUCUCGCUCAGAUAGAGACGACUAUGUCAAAAUCUGGUGGGACCAGAUUGAAGAAGGGAAGGACCACAAUUUUGAAAAGUAUGAUGAUGGCUUCAUCACUGAUCUGAACACAGCGUACGAUUACGAGUCCAUCAUGCACUACAGACCACUGUCCUUCAACAAGAACGACAGCAUCCCCACCAUCACCACCACUAUACCGUAUUUUAAUGAGGUGAUUGGCCAGCGGCUUGACUUCAGUGAAGUGGACAUCACCAGGCUCAACCGCAAGUACGACUGUGCCAACACGCUCACUCUCCUGGACCAGUGUUCCUUUGAGCUGGACAACAUCUGUGGAAUGAUCCAGAAUAAGGACGACAACUCAGACUGGGUCCAGACACUGAGCAGUCCAACUGAUACGGACCACACCCUGGCAGGGGGCUGCAGAGAUUCUGGCUACUACAUGAAGUUCGACACGUCCUCCGGCACAGCUGGAAACAGCGCUUUGCUCGAGUCCCGUAUCCUCUACCCCAAGAGGGACGAGCAGUGCCUGCAGUUCUUCUACAAGAUGACCGGAGCAGCUGGGGACAAUCUGGUGAUAUGGAUCAGGACUGAGGAUGGGACUGGGGCUUUAAGCAGUGUUAAGAAGGUCCACACCAUCACGGGUGACGGAGAUGAUGCCUGGAAAAUAGCCCAUGUGACUCUCAAGGUGACAGGGAAGUUCCGCUACUUCUUCCAAGGCAUCAAAGGAUCAUCCAGCUCCUCGGGCGCCAUCUUAAUCGAUGACAUCACUCUUACUGAGACUGUUUGCCCAGUGGCUGUGUGGCAAAUCCCCAACUUCAGCAACGUCCUCAACACCACUCCCAAUGGCACUAAGCGGCAAAGCGAGUGCUUCUACAGCUCGGAGGGCUACUCAUUUGGUAUCAGCGUUUAUCCAAAUGGAAGAGACAGCGACUACCCAGACUAUGUCAGCAUGACCAUGCACCUCUGCAGUGGGGAAAAUGAUGCAGUGUUGGAGUGGCCGGCCAAAAACAGGCAGCUGACCAUUGUUGCCAUGGACCAGGACCCCGAUGUAAAACUGAGGAUGUCCUCUACAAGAAGCUUCACCACAGACACUCGUCCUCACUGGAACAAACCAAUCCCUAAUUCGGAAGCGAAGUGGGAUGAGAAAUGCCAGUGCUACCGCGGUCCAGACUUCGGCUGGAGCACAUUCAUUUCUCACAUGCAACUGCACAGGAGGAGCUUCCUCAAGAACGAUGACCUCAUCAUUACUGCUGACUUCAAUGAUUUGACCCACCUGAUCAAGACUGAGGUACCUGUCAAUCCAGUUGCAUCAAGAAAUUAGAUCACAGGUGCGCUUCAAGCCAGACCACCUUCUCCACUGGAAACAGGUGUGAGGAACAUCAGGAGAGCUCGGUGAAGCACAUUUCAGAGGAAUCAUGUGUGCUCUACAUACACUCAGCAUUAAAUCACAGCAUAAAUGAAUACCAAUACGAGAGAGAGAAGCAUCAGAAUUAGUAUUAGGCACAUUUUGGACACUAAAUGUAUCCUGAGACAAUCUCUCUGUAUCUGUGGUGCACCCCCACAUGAAUACAACUGAUUUUUCUCCUUAGUCUGAGCCUAGAGAUAAGACUUAAAAAACUGAAAACUACACUUAAGCCUGCACCAGUAGGAAAAAAACAAACAACACAGGACAUCAUCCACAGGGGACAAUUCAUCACCAACUGUCAGUCUCCCAGAUUAACAAAAUUUUGCAGGAGGACAUUUUUUUUUGUAUGAUAAAAGUGAUCAUAUAGAAUUUGCUAAAUAAAUUUCUUUAUGAAAAAUGUAUAGUUUGGAUUGAAAUGUCUCAAUCUUGCCCAGUGUAAUGAACAAUAAAAGAUAUUACGUUU